GCUGGGGACCAUAUGCAACCCACGCGCGAGGAUGACUCUUCCCCGGCCAGCAGAUCAUGAACGAUUAUUAUCAAAUGCCAGAUGAUCCAGCUCGUACAACGACCAAGAAAUCACGGAUGUCUGGGCGAGUGAAGAAGGGGUUGUUUGUGCUGGGUGCUCUUGUCAUCGUAGGCGUCGUCGUCGCCAUUAUUUGCGUCGCUGUGCUGCCGUCUUCACCAGAUGACAAGGAUGACGAUCAUCCGUUCCUCUGUGCAAUGUCAAAGGAUCCGUUCAGCUAUAAUCACGACGACGUUGACGGUCCUCCCCACUGGAUGCACAUCUCGGAGAACACACGCUGCUGCGGAGGAACCCAUCAGUCGCCUAUCGAUCUACUGCGGAAAGAUCUGACGUGUACAAAACUCUCCAACAUCAGCUACAACACUGACAGACAAGGCGCUCUGCCAGGCAGUCUCAAGAACAAUGGUCAGGGAGCAACUCUGUCCUUCUCCAGUGAGGAUUUGGUCACUGACGACUUCCCCUUCACCAACGGCGACGACUUCGCCCUGGUAUCUAUGCACUUCCAUGAACCAUCGGAGCAUCAUAUCAACGGAACCUUCAGGCCGGCAGAGUUGCAUCUGGUCCACUACAACAAGAAGUAUGGCAACAUCACAGAAGCCAUACACAUGCAUGAUGGGCUGGCUGUGAUUGGGAUCAUCCUCGAGCAGGACAACGUAUCCAAUAAUGCUGCCCUCAACACUCUCAUUGACGGGAUAUCAAACCUCGGCAGCCCUCAGAGUAAAGUCAACGUGACCAUUGACCCCCGUGAGCUCCUCCUGCAGGCAGGGGGGUUCUAUACGUACAAGGGAUCGCUCACCAACCCGCCCUGCUCGGAGUCUGUCAGAUGGGUCGUCAUGAAGAAUGCUAUACAUACCACGGAGGCAAACGUACUUAUACUGAAGUCACUUGAGGUCUUCAGCGGCGGCACUCUCACCACCUACGGCAACGAACGACACGUGCAACCUCUCAACGGUCGGACUGUCCACUCCAACACGUGUUGAUUUUGUGUUUUGGUAGCAUGUUCAUUGUUCCAGGAACAUGUUUCUCUGUCAGUAGGUUACUUUGUCUCUUGAUGUUAACUGACAGUUGUUGUUUCACGUAUAUUUUCUUAAACGACUUCCGCGAACGUCGCAGUUGUAGGUCCUUGGCGUAACCUUGAUGGCUAGGACGCCAUGAAUGAAGAAGGCGGGGUCAGAAGGUUCGGUUUGCACAUUCACUAUUUAUAACACGUGUCAGGAGUUUCUCCACAGCGGUUGUGAACAGAUUCAGUCAUAAAUCUUAAUUUCCUCUUAAGGUUACUUAAACAAAUAUUCCUGUUUCUCAUGACAUUAUUUUCAAAACUGUCGGUAAAGUUUAGUUGAUUUGUUAAGUUUCUUUCCUAAUAAGGUAACAAAUGUAACAUGUAACUUGGAAUCUGGCGCAAAAACGAAAAAAAGGAUUAAAACGGCGCUAAACAAGUAAGAAACUUAUUGUGCUGAGUAUUUACAGAUUGAACUUUGGGGAGGUUGUCAUGAGAAUCAAGAAUCUAUUUUUAUAGGCCAAUAUAUAACCAUCGUAAUUAUAAGCUGUUGAAAUGUAAUCAUGUAUAUUCUUGUAUAUGAUGUGUCUUCCUUAUAUCAAAUCAAACAGUAUUCCUAUUGAUCCAAGUAUUCCUGUGAAUGCCUACAUACUCCGAAUUUCUUCCAAUCCUUCCAAAUGUUUCCAACAAAAUGUACAACGAUUUCUGGUUUAUAUAUUUAAUACUCAGCCAGAUGUUAUAUUUAGGAGGGCGUGUUAGUCUAUGUACGUUUACGAUAUGAUGUAAUAACACAUAUGCAAUUUACCUAUUCAACUCAGCAUUGACUUACUCUCGACCUUCGAAGGGUUGGUCUGCAUUGUUAAUAAUUGUUAUAUUAAAGCCUGAUAUUCCAGUUUACACAUGCCUAUCGCAGCCUCUGCCAAUAGGUGGCGCCACUCACAUCGUGUUCGUUGUCAUGGUUACGCUUCUAGCACAUGUCUUGUAGUUAGCUCUUCAUCUGAUGAAUGAUAUACUUUCACCAUCUUGAUAUAACUGACGCGAUACUCAUAUACUGAUGGCGUAAAAUAAGAGAACGUAUAUGAACAGAAAGGAUGUUUAACACAACAUCCACAGUUUCACGAUGAUAGCCGAUGAUGACCAAUGAUGGUCCUGCUUAUUCUGUUGAUAUUCAUCAGAUAUAUUGUAAACAUAGGUAUACUUGCUCUCUUAUUUUUACCAUCGGUAUAUUUUUGGGGGGCAGCCUCGUUUCCUAAGUCUCGAAUUCAUUGUUUACCUACAAAAUCGGGCGGCAACACGCAAGGCAUAUCUGGAAAACCACGUAAGAUUCUGCACUCAUGCAAAUUUCCCCUUGAAACGUAUGCGCAAAUGGUAAUUUCCGGCAAUGUACGAGUAACGUAUUGGCACCGUUACAUUGAUCAGUGAAGCAGAUCCUAUUUCUGUUUUGGACAAAAACCUGCAGAAUAAUCUCCACACAUCGUUCAUUAUACCAACCAGUGGUACUUAGAAUUGCCAAUGACAAAUGGAAACAUGCGGCGUAAAACAACACAUAUCUGGAAAAUGAGGCUCCAGAGAGGUAUCGGCGUCACUGCGUAUUGUUAUAUUUCUCUGUCAUUUCUAUCAGUCGUUAUUUCCAUUGUUUUACUGGUAGCCGUUGUUUGUCUCUUAUAGGCGGUCACCCAGUUUAGAAGCUAACAACGAAACCUGUACAUAGACAAACUGGUUCGUCGGAAUUUGCACGCCUUUAUAAUUUAGAAACGAAGACCAUACUGAUGCUUUUUCGGAUUGUUUAAAAAAACUGUCGGGCAAAAGAAAGAAUACAAGAGAAAAUUGGAUUUGACCAAACAAAGAUCAAAUCGGUAGAAGAUUAAAGUUAAGACAUCGCCAUCUAAUAUGCCAUUUUUGUUUGUUUUUAUCACUGUUUGUAAUCCAUGAAGGCGCAAACAACGGGGACCAGUUCAAUAAUUUCUUCGUGUUGCUUCCGUCACUGCAUAUUUCCAGUAGGCCACGAAUAUCUUCGUGUAAAUAAAGUCGUUUUACCAA